ACUAGUGGUACUGCGAGUGCAAGAGAUGGGAAGCACAAGCAAGAUGAACACAACCAUCUCUCCUCCUCUUAACACUCUUGAGCCCUUUCGUCGUACUUUUUUAAACCGUUCAUUUGGUUUAAUCUAUACGUGUGCCAUAUUAGCACUCUUCUAUCAUCAUUCACUCGCUCUCCUCCACUUCACUUCCUUCCUAACCUUCUGCUUCUCUCUCACCUUUCUGCUCGCUGAUGCCGCCCUCGCCUUCAUGUGGGUCACCACUCAAUCCUUCCGGAUGUGUCCAGGCCGCCACGGGGAGUUCCCGGAGAACCUCCUUAGUUUUGUGAAGGAGAGGGAUUUUCCGGCGUUGGACAUAUUUAUAUGUACAGCUGACCCAUACAAAGAGCCACCAAUAAACGUAGUGAACACUGCUCUGUCGGUGAUGGCUUAUGAUUAUCCGGUCGAGAAGCUUUCCGUCUACGUUUCAGAUGAUGGGGGCUCGGAGCUUACUCUGUUUGCUUUCAUGGAAGCUUCCAAGUUUGCUAGCCACUGGUUACCUUUCUGUAAGGAGCAUAGGAUAGAAGAGAGGUGUCCUGAUGCUUAUCUUAAGUCCAGCCACAGCUGCACCGAGACUGAGAAGAUGAAGACUAUAUAUGAAACCAUGAAAGCUAAGGUUGAGAAUGUAAUGGAUAGAGGGCGUGUUCCUGAUGAGUACAUUGCCAGUGUAGCAGAGAGUGAUGCCUUCAAUAAAUGGACCGCUAGAUUUACCCGUCAUGAUCAUCCAACGGUGAUUCAGGUUUUGUUAGAGAAUGGAAGAGAUAAGGACACGAGGGACCAUGAAAUGCCAAACCUUGUGUAUGUUACCAGACAGAAGAACAAAGCCUCUCCCCACCAUUUUAAAGCUGGUGCCCUAAACGUCCUACUUCGGGUUUCAGCUGCCAUGACAAAUGCACCCAUACUUUUAACCUUAGACUGUGAUAUGUAUUCAAAUGAUCCGAAAACUCCUCUUCGGGCGCUAUGCUAUCUCUCGGAUCCUGCAUUCGGGUCGAAACUAGCUUUUGUUCAAUUCCCUCAACUCUUCCAUGGGAUCAACAAGCAUGAUAUCUACGGUGGUGAAAUGAAGCGUUUGUUCCAAAUUAAUCCACAAGGGAUGAAUGGGCUAGCCGGUCCUAACUAUGUUGGCACAGGAUGCUAUUUUCGUCGACGGUCUUUUUUUGGAUCGCCUUCAUCAGUAUUAUCUCCUGAGAUCCAAGAAUUAAACCCGGACCAUGUCGUGAACAAGCCAGUUCGGUCUGAAGCGGUUUUAACAUUGGCUCACAAUGUGGCAAGUUGCAACUAUGAGAAUCAGACCAACUGGGGCAUCAAGAUGGGGUUCAGAUACGGAUCCUUGGUCGAGGACUACUUCACAGGUUAUCGACUGCACUGUGAAGGCUGGAAAUCAGUGUUCUGUCAUCCUGUGAGAGCAGCUUUCCUUGGGGAUGUACCCAUCAGCCUCAGUGAAGUCUUGGGCCAGAUCAAGAGGUGGUCUGUGGGCCUAUUAGAAGUGGCCUUCUCCAAGUACAGCCCACUUACCUUUGGUAUCAGGUCAAUGGGCUUACUAGCAGGCCUUUCUUAUGCUCAUUUGGCAUUCUGGCCCAUUUGGUCCUUUCCAGUCACAUUCUAUGCCUUUGUUCCGCAGCUAGCUCUCAUCAAUCGUGUCUUCAUGUUUCCCGAGGUAUCAAACCCUUGGUUCUACAUGUACAUGUUCCUUUUCUUGGGAGCCUAUGUACAAGAUCUACUAGAUUUCUUACUAGCAGGAGGAACAAUUCAAAUGUGGUGGAACAAUCAAAGAAUGUGGAUGAUAAGGGGAAUCUCAUCUUACCUAUUGGGAUCCACUGAUUUCUUUCUUAAAUCAAUUGGCAUCUCUGCAUUUGGAUUUAAUGUGACCAGCAAAGUGAUUGACGACGAACAAAGUAAGCGAUAUGAGCAAGGGAUUUUCGAGUUUGGAGUUGAAUCACCCUUGUUUGUACCACUAACAACAGCUGCCAUUAUCAACUUGAUCUCAUUACUAAAAGGACUAGCAGGAUUUUUCAUAUAUGGGAACAUUGGGGAAGUAUUUGUGCAGUUGUUCAUAUCUAGUUUUGUAGUGAUAAAUUGUUGGCCAAUUUAUGAAGCUAUCGCUUUGAGGAAGGAUGAAGGAAAGAUGCAAGCAAAGACUAUCACGACAUCUGCCUUACUAGCAUGGGUUCUUUACUUGACAGCAGCUCUUAUGUUGAAACCUUGAAAUUAGGCAUUAUUUCUUUACUUGACAGCAGCUCUUAUGUUGAAACCUUGAAAUUAGGUAUUAUGUUGCUUUUUGCUAAUGUUAGGUUUUCUCCUCUCUUUUCUUCUUCUUCUACUUUUCCUAAGCAAUAUAGAAGUGCAUAAUCUUUUGUGAAUUGUGUGUGUGCGCCUCGUUUCUUCCUUUUGACUGAGAAAUAUGGAAGUGCAUAAUUUUAUGUGAAGAGAGA